AUGAACACCACCGUUCUCAAGAAGCUGAACCUCAUCCUCUUGUUAACCAUCGUGAUAUCGGCAUUUGCCGUGUCUGGCUAUUUAGUCCACACCAUCAACCAAUUGGGCGAUGGCAAGGCCCUGAAGGUGCACUGCACCUUCGACCUGUCGACGGACAUGGGCGAGCAGACCAUCGCGAAUGGCGGUUCGUAUGAGUGGAAGUUCAGUGAGGACGUGACCCACACUACUCAGUUGUUGUGCGACGCGAGCACGCCCGAGGCUGACGUGCUUCACUUCGCAGCAUACGUCCAGCGUAGGGACUCGUGCAUCGACGAUUGCGAUUGGAAGUUCACCAGCGGCGGUGUUUUCCGGUUGGUCGAUGGGCAGUGGGAGUUUUACAUCUCCUGGCCGAACUAA